GAGUCUAUUCCAUGUGCUCUCGACACUCAGGAAGACAUACAGCACCCCAUGCGCUCACGAGACUGAUGACGUGCGUACACGUUUUCCAGAGGGCGGGCUAUUCUCUGUACGGACCGAAGAGGGUGAUAAUGUUCUGGAAUACGGGAACGCGGGCUCGCUGGUUUAUCGCGGCAUGCGGAUGGCCAUUGAUAUUUUGGAUUUGGGGUUGUAGCAAGGACAAAUGAAGGCAUUGGGACAUGGAUGCCGUGGAUGCCGGGUGUGCAGGACCCCGGGGCAGGGUGGCCGGGGUAGCCCACGGGGUCACGGCGGUCGCUAUAUAACAAAGGCGCGUGGGUAAAAAUUCGUUUUCUUCCCACUCCCACAGUCGACAUUUCCCACAGCUUCAGUUGGGUCUCUAUAGACCAAGUCCGUUAUGCGAACUAUCCUGCCGUUUGCUUCGGAUCCCCUUCACCUCCAGAUGGCCUCGGUCACCACUGCGGGUCCUCAGGACCACCUCGUCCCCCCAAUACAUCAGGACUUAUCGCGUUCGGCUACCCCACAGCAGCCAGACCUGAGCUUGCUUGUCUCGAAUCAUCAUGCAUCUCUAGCAAAUGGGCAACCUGCAGGCUCUCCGUCCACAGACCAAACUAUCCAGUCCAUACUAGAGGUAGCCAAGCACGUAUCCGCUCCCAGUAACGGACCGCCAAUACCUUGGAACAGUCUCCCACCACCGCCGCCACCGGAGAAUAGCAGCGGACCUGGCCCGUCAACACAAUCGCAGCGAGCAAACGUGAAACGCAGGCUGGAGGAUUCCGACGCAGAGAACCCUCACAACAAGAUUCGACGCGUCGUACAGGACCAUGUCUCGCAUGAUCCUGCUCGGGUGAUGCCCAUGACGACCGUGAUUUGUCUGCACGCUGCGGUUGCUCAGAAGUCUUAUGGCACCGAGAAGCGUUUCCUUUGUCCUCCCCCCGUGGUCCACAUCGAGGGGCCAGUCUGGAAUAUGAAGAACCAGCAACUCGCUAUGGCUGUCCUUACCGAGGCAGGGGAGCGUUCCUUUGAGCAGAAAGCGCCGCUAGACCAAAGUCUCACCGCCAGCUUCAAAUUCCUGCACGUCUCGGGGACAGCCAAGACAAAGAGUUUCCAGCUUUCGCUUGACAUCGCGGAGCCGCCCGCGACUAGCGCUGAUGGCUCAGAGACCGGUAAUGGGCGUAUCUGGGCGUCGUUCGACUCUGCGCCCGUAACGAUCAUCUCAAAGCCAUCGAAGAAGACGGCUAAGACGCGUAGCGUCUCUUCAUGCAUCCUCGCUGGAGGCCCCGUCUCGUUAUUUAAUCGCAUCAACUCGCAGACUGUACGGACCAAAUAUAUGACUGUUGACAGCGGACAAUUGUGCGCGAGCAACGUUGCAUGGUCUGCAUUCAAUGUAAACGUAGUGAGCCGCCCUCCAAAUGCAAGCAAUGAUCCUGCUGGUCCUGGACCGCAGACGGUGUUAUAUGGCAGCAAGGUUAUCCUUUCCGACACGGUCACCGGGACCCCAACCCCGCCCUUAUUCAUACGGAAAGUCGAUAAGGGUAGAAUUGCUACCGAUGACGGCGGUCCCGUCAGUCAGAUGCAGAAGAUUGCGUUGCAGCGGGUGAACGCUGACGGUACUCGACAUUACCUUUCUGCGGCAGGACCUAUGUCCGGCCAGCCUGGUGUACCCGUGCCGCCUACACCGGGCCUUGCGAAUCAAACGGGAACGCAUCCACUCUUAUUCUCGAUACCUCGGGUUCGCGAAGAGGUCAAGGACAACCAGAACGUGAUAAUCGACGAGGUCGACGACUAUCUGUGCUGGACGAUUGUUGGAAUAUCUAAGUUCCAGUAUACUUUCUUUGAUGCGUUUGGCCAGAACAGCAAGAUCCCUGAUCUCCCGAUCACACCGUUCCCGACCCUCUUCACUGCGCCCGUGCAUCGAUUUGAGCGCGAGCGUGGCACUGAACAACUGGAGCUGACUGCUUCCAAUUUCUUCUAUGAAAACCCAGCGACGGGAACGGUCGAGCCACUUGACGUCUAUCUCGGCCCUAUUGGCCCUUUGCAUAUCCGUAUCUUCCACUCGUCGGUCCCGGUGGGCCAGGUACCAAUGCCUUUCAUACAUCCUGCAAUGCCUGGCGAAGCCCCUGUAGACCCCAGUGUUUCAUCAUAUCCCACGGGCAGGCGGCCACCGGGUGCCAUCCAUGGCCCACUUACUACGACUGUGCUUGUUGACUUGCCUCACAAGUCGGACGUCAUGAAAGCGCUCGAGGAGGACGCGGUCCCGCCGGCUGGCGAGGGCGGAGACGUCGCUGCAAAUAGGACGCAGUCGAAGGUGGAGAGGCUUUCAGGGCGGAGCCUUCCUCUGCUAUUUAUUCGAGCCUUUGACGGAGUUGGGUACCACUCCGGGCGCGCGGUAGCCUGCGAGUAUAUAUUCAAGGAUGUUGAUCUCCUCACUCCGCCACCGGGCGAAGAUGGCAGAGAAUGGGUUGCGGAACAAGCGGCGCAGGCCGCGGAGAACAAUUUAAACAGCUGGGCUUUCAGGGUGCUAUGA